CGGUAGAUUUCGCGGCAAAACGCAUGCGCCUGAGUUCUGUAGCGCGCGGAAUUAUAACAAUCACAUUGACAACAUUGACAUAAUCUCGCUUGGGGAGAACAGCAGUGCAAUCCGUACUGUCCACGGCCGUCAAACCUUAGUGUAAUUUAUUCCUUUUGCAGUAAAAUGUAUAACCAUGGGAGUUAUGGAGACAGCAUGGGCGGAGGGGGAUACACACAGUCCCCAGGAGGCUUUGGGUCUCCCUCAGCGUCCCAGGGCGGAGAGAAGAAAGGGAGGACACGGGCCCAACACAUCAUCCCCUGCACAGUGUCCCAAAUCAAGUCUGCUGUCCAGUCAGAGGAUGUUUUCAGAGUGGGGGACGUGGAGGUUGCUCAGGUCACAAUAGUUGGUGUGAUCAGAAGCAUGGACAAAUCCAUGACUAACAUCCAGUACAUAGUGGACGACAUGACCGCUGCUCCCAUGGAUGUGAAGCAGUGGGUGGACACAGAGGAUCCCAGUGUGGACAGCACGGUCAUCCCCCCAGGUACUUAUGUCAAGGUCUCUGGUAAUCUUCGGUCUUUCCAGAACAAUCGCUCUCUGGUGGCGUUCCGUGUCAGGCCCCUGGAGGAUAUGAACGAGAUCACCUCGCACAUGCUAGAAGUGGUGUAUGCUCACAUGCAGCUGAGCAAACCACAGGCUACGAUGGAUGGUGGUGGUGGCGGUUCAGUUGGCAUGAGCUCUGUGCCCAUGUCUAACAUGGGCUCAGGCAACAUGAGCAGUAUGGGAGGAGGAGGAGGAGGGGGGUACCCAGGGGCUAUGGCUAACUCUAUGGCUUCCAAUGGACUGAGUCCCAAUCAGAAUCAGGUGUUGUGUCUGAUCAAAAGCUGUCCCGAGCCACAGGGCAUCAGCAUCCAGGAGCUCAAACAACGUCUCAGCGGCAUGAGUGUCACCGUCAUCAGGCAAGUGGUGGACUUCCUCAGCAACGAAGGACACAUUUUCUCCACCAUCGACGAAGAUCAUUUUAGAUCAACCGACAACGAGGGAUAAGGCUUCCCCUUUAGUCUGUAGCACUUUGGUCCCAAACCAGACAUGAUGUCUCCAUCUUGCACUAGUGAUACUUAGUCACUAUGCGCAGUUUGUCACCGAGACCACAAACUAACAAAAGAAUCACCCAAUUUCCUGCCUUGUCACCCAUGUGUUUCCUGUGAUGGUUGCUUAUGGCACCCAUACGUUCCCUGAACUGCUCUUUCAGAUUUGGACAGUUCGACAGAACAAGCAGAAGAGCAGUUAGUAAGGUCAUUAGUUUUAUAAUGUAAGCAAAAACAUUACUCAUAACAUUACUUGGUGAUAUUUGUCUAUGAAUAUUCUUGUUUGUCUGUUAAACAAAACAAUUAAAAACAUCUUUUCUUAAA